AUGGAAGCAUUAUUAUAUAUUAAGCUUACUCUGGCUAAUAUGCUCGACCAGCCCUACACCUUCUCUGGGCCUGGUGGGGAGUCCAAUGUGGAUCUGACCCUUACCACUGGGGACGUUUAUCUUGCCAAUUGGCCAGAGCGCGAAGAGGUCAGCGCCAGCGACCACAACGUAAUUACUUACACGGCCAAGAUUAGCAGGCUGACCACGCGCGCUGCACCCGUUAGGGAGCCCCCUCGUUUUCGCGACCGAGGGGUGGAUUGGAACAGGUUCCAGGCGAUAAUCAAACUGCGAAUGGGAUGGCUGCAUGUGGAAAAACCCGCAGCCCUCCUGGCAGAGGAGUUCUCAGGGGUCAUCAUCCGCUUCGCGGGGGAGGGCCUAGGGGAGCUUCGCCCCAGGGGGCUUGAGGGGGUACGAAUGGUGGACGACUGA